GAGUUCCUGGCUGCUGCCUCCCGCUUCCGGCAGGUUGGGCGAUGGCGGAUGAAAGUGGAGUUUCACAGCGGGUUCCCCCGGAACUGGAGGAUGAUGAAGAAGAAGAGGCAGCGGGAACUGACAGCGAUACGGAGGGGGAGGAUAUUUUUACCGGAGCUGGCCAAGAUGUGCCUACCACUCAGCCCAAGAAGGAGACCCCACCAGAACCUUCCAAGGAGAAUGGCCUCUUUCUGGAAGAUGAUGACCAGGAUCUAUUUGCAGAAUCCACAGUAAAGCUGUCAGUUGACAGUUCUCACAAAACCCCAAAAGAGGAGCUACCAAAAGUACCGCUGACUACCCCAAUGCUCAUAGCAGGAGCUUCAGCCUCCUCUGUAACCAGACAGAAGAGUUAUGAGGAGCUUGAGGAGGAAGAACAAGAGGACCAGUUUGAACUGAACAUCAGAGUCUCAGACCCAGAGAAAAUUGGGGACGGCAUGAAUGCUUAUGUAGCUUACCAGGUAUCCACCCAGACCAACUUGCCGUUGUUCAGAAGCAAACAUUUCACUGUGAAAAGACGGUUCAGCGACUUCCUGGGCUUAUACGAGAAGCUCUGUGAGAAGCACUCGCAGAACGGUUUUAUUGUUGCCCCACCUCCAGAGAAAAGCUUAAUAGGUAUGACCAAAAUGAAGGUGGGGAAGGAGGACUCCUCGUCUGCCGAGUUUCUGGAAAGACGACGUGCAGCUUUGGAGAGAUACCUCCAGAGAAUUGUCAGCCACCCAACCCUUUUACAAGACCCAGAAGUCCGGGAGUUUCUAGAGAAGGAUGAGCUUCCCCGUGCUGUCAGUACACAAACCCUGAGCGGAGCAGGGCUUCUCAAGAUGUUUAACCGGGCUACCGACGCAGUAAACAAAAUGACCAUAAAGAUGAAUGAGUCGGACCUGUGGUUUGAGGACAAAUUGCAGGAGGUGGAAAAUGAAGAGCAACAUCUGCGCAAGCUGCAUGCGGUGGUGGAGACUCUUGUAAAUCACAGGAAAGAAUUAUCUCUGAACACUGCCCAAUUUGCCAAGAGUCUCGCCAUGCUUGGGAGCUCGGAGGAUAACACGGCACUGUCUCGAGCCCUUUCUCAGCUGGCUGAAGUGGAGGAGAAGAUAGAGCAACUCCACCAGGAACAGGCCAACAGUGAUUUCUUCUUGCUGGCUGAACUCCUGGCUGAUUACACCCGCCUGCUGUCAGCCGUUAGGGGUGCGUUUGACCAACGCAUCAAGACUUGGCAGCGGUGGCAGGAUGCACAAUCUACUUUACAGAAGAAGCGAGAGAAUGAAGCAAGGCUGCUUUGGGCCAACAAGCCGGAGAAGCUACAGCAAGCAAAAGAUGAAAUAUCAGAGUGGGAAUCCAAAGUCACACAGUAUGAACGGGAUUUUGAACGGAUUUCCAUAACUGUGCGAAAGGAGGUUACACGAUUUGAGAAAGAAAAAUCCAAGGAUUUUAAAAGUCACAUAGUAAAGUAUCUGGAAACACUCGUGAAUUCACAGCACAAGCUUGUUAAGUACUGGGAAGCAUUUUUACCAGAAGCAAAGGUGAUAUCCUAAUGGCCAUGGAUGGAUUUAAUAUACGAAAGGACUGACAUCUCUUGUGCCAUGGAUUUUUUUUCUUUCUUUCUUUCUUUUUUUUUUUUUUUAAGUAUAUAAAUAAAUAUAUUAUACCUCCUUGCCUUUUAAAGACUAAGGUUUCACAAUCUCAUUCCCCUUCCACAUCUGACUGAUGUUGUAGAGGUAGGAAAUCUUGUUUCAAACCCUUGUUUGGAAGUGCCAGAAAUACAUCGCUGGCCGUUUCAGCACGAAAGAAUUAAGAUUGCAUAGAUGCCUUUUACGUGGACUAAUGUAAGUUUCCUUAGCUUCAGUCCCAUACCUAGUCCUGCUCAGCAGGCAGGGUUAAUGCCCAGAGACUUCAGACUCUUAUUCCCAGCACUUCAGUACACAUGUGCACCUGUUAACUUUCCUUCUGUAUAUUUGCUGUUUAACUUCUACAUAUAUUUUCUUAUUAAAAUAAUCUUCAGGGCUUUCUGCAACAAAAACUCAAAAGACAAAAAAAUAA